GAUGUGGUUAUCUUUAUCCAUAUUUUCUUAUUGAGGGGAUGUUUGCUCGAUAAGAAUCGUGUAACGAAUGUCACAAUAGGUUCAGUGUGAGCUAUUCCGCCAUGUUGGAAGCAGAAGGUCAGCUUGCCGUGUGCAAAAUUUGCACACGUCUCCAAUCCGGGAGGGAUAUUUAAAGCCGUGGUGGGCUUUACAUGCGCAUAGGUGUCCUACGAGUGACAAUGGACGACAGUGAGUCUGUGGACGGCAGUCUGACUACAGAAGUCAGUGAGACCCUUGGUGAGACGGACGAGAGAGUGGACGGUGGACUUGAGUGUGACGACUCUGACUGGCAUCCAGCCACUUUCCUACAGCGGUUACAUGAGCUCAGGUCUGAGGGUCACAUGUUGGAUGUGACUCUGUGUGCUGAAGGGAAGGAGAUCCCCUGUCACCGCCUAGUCCUGUCAGCCUUUGCUGAGUACUUCCAUGCCAUGUUCCGCGGAGGCCACAAUGAGAGUAAGAAGGACAAGAUAGAGAUAGGAGGGGUCAGUGCAGUGGCACUACAGCUGCUAGUGGACUAUGCGUACACAUCCAAAAUCACAGUCACCGCUGAUAAUGUCCAGUCACUGUAUGAGGCAGCUAACAUGCUGCAGGUAAAGGGUGUUGAGGACAGGUGUGAAGAGUUUCUGACAGACGAGUUGAGCUCUGAGACAUGUUUGGUAACUUGGGUACUGGCAGACAAGGUGUCGUGUAAACGAUUGCUAGAGAAGGCAAAAUUCUGUUCUCUAAAAUACUUUGAAGAAGUCUGCACAACAGAGGAGUUCCUUGAGCUACCUGUGGACAUUCUGAAAGCGUACCUCUCAGAUAGUGGCCUUCAUGCUAAGAAAGAGGAACAAGUGUUGGAAGUGAUCAUGCGCUGGGCUGGACACGAUCUUCAACAGCGACAAAGACAUGUCAAGGCGCUCCUUGAGUGUGUUCGUUUCUCACACGUGGAACAAGACUACCUGAAGGGCAUUCUGAAGAAAGACAGAACAUUGUCAAGUGUUCCUGGAGUCAAGGAACUGAUACAGGAUCAGUCUAUGCACGCUAGACCUCGUCACAUCCAUCAAGAGGAAAUUCUUGUUCUAGGUGGCGUCAAACAUGUCAUGCAACCAGAGGAAGAGAAUAACAAGGACAUAUACAGACUAAGCCUCAACUGUGAUUGUGUUGACAUUUCUCCAUUGCCCGAAUCAGUUGUGAAAAUCAACGGAUAUGAAGCUUGUGCUGUUAACAAUGAUGUUGUUAUAACAGUGGCUCAGUCACUUUCUGAAUGCAAAGUAUGGCAGUAUAAACCCUCUCUCAAUUCUUGUACUCAGCUGGGAAACCUUGUUAGGAAAGAGAGACAUUUGCAUAGUGUAGUAGCUUUACAGGGACAAGUGUAUGUAGUUGGUGGUAUUACUUCACCCAGUUGGGCACCAGUAUAUGAUGUUGAGGUGUACAGUGAAACGACUGAUAGUUGGAAUCUGGUAGCACCAUUGUCACUACAAGGGGGUGUAAGGGAUUUGGGCAUAACUACCUGUUGUGGAAAAAUCUUCGUAUUCGGUGGUAGAACUGGACACUGUACUCUAUGUGACCAGAGUCAUAUCACAGAUGCUGUUCAAUGUUACGACCCUACCCGAAAUGUGUGGACUUUUGUUGCACCGUUACCAAAUCCAAUGCAAAGUGUGAUGGCAUGUACAGUUAACUGUAAGAUCUAUUUGGUUGGAGGGCAGUUAGCACAUGUUCUGUGCUAUGAUCCUCUGGAAGAAUGCUAUGUGAGAAUGACUGGUCGACUAGCCCCAUGGUGUGCAUGUGGUGCCACUGUGUGUGGCUCUGACAUCUACAUCAUUGGUGGCUGUGACAGAAAGUAUUCACUCAGUGAAACUGAUGAUGACGAUGAUUAUGAGGAGGUUUCCCAUGCUGCAGUCCAAUGUUAUAAUGUGCCGAGUGAUACCAUGAUUUUACUGAAGGAAUUCCCACUUCCAAUCUCUGAGCACAUCAGUUUAACAAUACCAAAACUAUAAGCUAGUAAAUAGCGUUUGUUUCCUCGGAGCUAGAUUUCAAUUACUUUUCAUAUUCGUAUUAGCAAUGUUUUACCCAGGAUUUUAUAUUAGUGGUAUAAUGGCAAAGUAUAAGCAAAACGAUCAAUUGGGUGGAUGGUGUGAAAGAUUGCCCUUCCACUGUGAAGAUAUUUUUAAGAUGUAGGGUAAAAAGCUGCCAUUCCAAGGGCACACUACAUAUAAAAUGUUAAUUAGAAUGUUUUUUUAUCAGUUUGGAGGAUCAUACCAAUAUUUUUUUUCAUAUUUGAUCAGACAUUGUUACACAAGUAUCACUAUGCCAAUUGAAAAAAAAGCCUAGUGGUCCUCAUGUAGUGUAGCCUGGGUACCAUCCUGGUAGUAGUUCGCUCCUAUGUUCGCAGAGAAGCAAUUGUAUAUAUAAUAAAAGUUGGAGCCAACUAACUGUCUGGCUGGUUACCAGGAUACAUGUAGUGUGGUUGUGGUUGUAAAUUAUGGUGUGUUGGCCUAUUGUGGUAAAUAUAUACUAGCUAGAUCCUUGGGUAGAUUUGAAGUUAACUCGCUGGCUAUGAUGUGGAUGUUAGUUGAAAAAAAAUCUGUAGCUGUAAUAGUAAUAGUCCUUUUCAUUUGUUAAUCAAUUGUCUUUGGAAUUUUUUAUAGACUUAAUACUCACAUAUCAGACCAUUUCUGAUAGAAUGUACAAGUAGACUGGAUAUGUUGUGGUAAUUAAACGAGGAUUAUUGAUUAUUGCAGCCGACCGAUGAUGAUGAUUAUGAGAAAAAAUAUAGUUACUUUUAUUCAGAACUUGAUUUCAUUCCUCAACCAAUCAUAUCAUAAUAAUAUCAAUUCUCAUUU